AUGGAGUUGAACGACGUAAUUGGCGGAAACGCCGUGCCUGACGGCGACCAUUUGGCUGGCCCGUGCGACAUGGAUGGCGACAUGGAUGGCGACCUUUUGGAGGGAGACGACGUUCUUGGCGCGUCGUGGGAUGCGUGCGAUCACACCGGCAAUCUCGAGGCGAUCCUGAGAUCCUCGUACCAGAGCGCGAAGCACUCCCAAUCCGGCUCUGCGACAGGCCAGAAUCUCGCACAGUCCUCCAUUGCGGGAAUCCUAUCCCACAUUCACGCAUCCGCGUCUUCGGCCGCUGCGGCUGUUGCGGAGGCGGCGAAGGGAGGUGGCACGGAGAGGGCUCGCGGCGCGGUUGAGAAGCUCGACGUCUUGGAGUCGUCAGUCGCCGGUGCUGACACUUAUUGUGCGACCGCGGGAGGGCUUUGCGAUUCUGCCGUGCUUCGGUCGCCGUCGCCUCCGCGCGGCAGCAUUCCGCAACGCCUGUCGCUUCUGCAGUCCACUAGUAUUCCCGCUCGAAGCAUUCGGCCAUCACCGUUCCGCCGAGUCCCCUCCUCCCCCGCCUUCUCCCCCGCCGCUGCUCCCGCCGCCACCUCGUCCCCCUCGCCUUCCCAUCCCUGCGCCUUCCCUCCCGCCCCUCCCACCCAUCGCUCCAUGCCAUACCCUUCCCAACCGGGCCUCCCAUUCCCGCCCGGCCACACUCCUUUCCCCGCGCCCGCGCCCGCGCCAGCGCCAUCCGCGCAGCGCGGGCUGCCGCCCUAUCCGCGCCUGCCCUUCUUCCCCAACUACCACCAGGCCUAUCCCGCAGCCGCGCUUCCCCUCCCCCCCAUGCCCGCGAGCUUCUUAGCUGGCACUGCUGGUGGCGCUGCCUCUGCUGGCACUGCUGGUGGCGCUGCCUCUGCUGCCUCUGCUGGCACUGCUGCCACCGCGGCCUCUGCUGGCAGUGCUGCCGCUGCUGGCGCCACUGGUGCUACUGCGUUAAGCGCUGCUGGCGAGGCAGCGGGCGCUGGUGUUGCUGGCGCAUCAGCCACUGCCGUGCCUGGAGCAGCGAAUGCUGCAGCGAAGGUAUCAACGCCAACUCGGAUCCCUGCAUCUGCUGCACUGAACGCACCCGUCAACGCAGCUGUCAGCGCAUCCUUAGAAGCAUCUUCAGCAAAUGCUGUCGUUGGCACAGUGCCUGCUCGCAUGCCUCCUCACAUGCCUGCUCGCGCUCUCAUGCCAUUCCCUGGAGGCACCAUGAUGCCAGCACCCGCGUUCUUUACGGGAAGCAGCAUGGGUCACCCAUACCCUCCUGCAAUCUUCUACCAGUCUAGGCUGCACGCGGCUGCAUCAGCAGCAUCAGCUCCGACUGCAUCUGCUGCACCGGCACCUACAUCUUAUACUCCUGCGUCUGCUUGUGCUCCUGCUUCUGCUGCUACUGCUGCGGCGGCGGCGGCAGCGGUGGCAUUGCCUCCCAUGCGAGGAGCGCAAGGAUUCGCAGGCACAGUUGGAAGCGUGAAAGGUGCACAGCACGCUGGUGGGUGGAUGAGUAAGCAGAUGUGGGCCGGCGCCUCACUCCCUCCUUCCCCACCUGCAGCUACAGGUACAGCAACGGAGUCGACUGGAAACCAAAUAGGACGUGACUGUAACGAGGGUAAGAAGACCCGUGUGGCACAGCAGGAGGCGGAGGCAGGUGGAAUGGACGCCGUUGGACAGGGGCGAAGGAAACGUCUCAAGACGGCGGAUGAGAUAGUGAUGUCAGCGCCUGAGGGAGAAGCAAAGGCGGAGGAUGCGACCAUGGAAGAAGCAGCAGUGAAGGCGGAACAGCAGGAUAGGUCUCAGGCGAAGGAGCCCUCAAUGCAAUGUGCAACUGCUUGUGGCGACCCAGCAGCAAGAGCGUCAGCAAGAUCGCCAUCGGGAGGAGCAGGGCCAGUGGUGGAACGGGCUGUUUCAAUGGACGGCAGGGAUGCAGCCACGGACGUUGAGUCUGCCACCUUGGGCCAGCUCUACUCUACCAUUGCUCAGUCCAUGGGGUUUAAGUUGUUGCGCUUCUCCUCUAACGGAUUCCUUUGUGCAUCUUCUUCCCCCUGUGCUGCUCGUUCCUCCCAGCUCGACACCGCCACCCGUGACUGCAUUCGCAGUGCCCUCCUCCGCCUUGCCACCAGCGCUCAAAACCGUGCCAUGCCGCAAUCCGCCGCCACCGCCACCACCGCUGUUGCUGCUUCUCCUGCUGCUUCUGUGCGUGAUCGUUCUGCUGCUGGAGGUAACGCUUCUGACGCUGUUGCUGCUGCUUCUGCGGCGGCUGCGGCAAAAUCAACCUGUGUCUCUGCUGCGCCUUCUGCUGGCGAAGCUGCCGACCACGCAUUCACCAAUACACCAAGCCGCACCACUCAAACAAGCCAGGAGGAUUUGAAUCCCACUGCCACUGAAGAUGCUGCCUCCUCUGUCACCCCUGUCACUGCGAGUGAGAAGCAGCAGCAGCAGCAGCAUCAACCACACGCGCAGCAGCAGCAGGGGAAACAAGAACCCGGGCAACAGCAGCAAGUCACUUCCGAAGUCCAUUCCAACAGCCCCGUUCCUGACUCCAACACCGUCGACCGCGUGAUUGCCAAGCUGCUAUUCAUGGCGCCACCCACUCCAGCCUCUACCCACGCCUUCCCCGCAUCGUCCCCUUCCUCCUCGCACUCCACCCACCCAGCAGCCUCAGCCUCUCACGCGCCAUCCCACUCUCAUGCAGCCUCGACUCUGGACGUGCACUCUCACUCCGCCACCUCCCUCACUGCCUCCUUCUGCUCCUCUGCUACCCCCACGUCUAUUCCACAAACCUCAUCCACGCCCCAUGCUCAUGCAACCAGCUCGUCGCACCCCCCUCCCCUCGCUCCUCCUCCUCCUCCUCCGCCGCCGCCGCCUGCUGCUCUCCCUCACCCCCCUCACACCAGGCGCUCACCAUCAUCUCGAGCAGCAUUCCCUGCCGUGCCUCCCUCCUUUCCUCGCUUGUUGCAGCCGUCAGCGACCCAUCCUCCAUUUCGGCAGUCCCCACACGCCCCCCAUUACUCUGCCAUGUUUCCUUACACUGCCUGCUUCCUACCCUGCUGCUCUGCUCCAGAUGCCUGCUCCUACACUCAGCACCAGAACCCCUCCCAUCAGUCCUCGCUCCAUCCUUAUUCCACGCCUCCCCAACAUGCUCACUUUGCUCCAGUCUCUUCUGCUGGGCCCCGAGACUGGAUGACGUGGCAUGGUCAGAGCCAGCCGGCUGGCGAGAUGUGGGUCGUUCCAGGUCAGCAUUCCCGUGCUGCUGGGGCGAUGUUGCCUGCUGCUUCAUUAGCAUAG